UUAGUCGUGGUUCAUUGUGAAUGGAUAAUUUCGGCGGUUCUUGACACGUCCCUGUUUCCUUCCCAAUCCACCUCCCCAUUAAAUCACUUUUCUCCACCACAACCUGGAUUUCUCCCCCGCCACCAAACGAUGGAGGCUGAUGAAGCUCAGAGAUCCGAAGCGGUUAUCGACUGCUAGGGUUCUGCUGCGAACCCGAUGACGGAGGUGAUUUUGGGGUUCUCUCCAACGGCCGAUAUACCCUUGCAUGCACCGUUUUUACCAGAUCGGUCAGAGCUUUGUAAUGGUCGACGAUUCUGCAAGCUUGAAGUGGUUUUCGACGGAGAUAAGUCCCACUGAUUUUGCUGGAGGAUAUCGUCUUGCUGUUCACGGGCAAAUGACAAUAUACAUUCUGGAUAGAAUAUCCACCAUCUGAAAAACUGAUUUCCUCUGUCGGAACUAAGCAAUCGAUUUCGGUCAUCAUGGGUCUUGAUUGGUUCGCAGUUUGUUCAUCAAGAAUCUAGGGGUUUCGACUGUCUUCUAUGCCUCUACGCAAAAACGUUACAGAUGGUAAUGAUUUGGAGCAAGUUACGAGGAGUCCUUCGUUCAGAGAGAAUGAAUUUGUUCAUGUUGAGUUAGUUGAUUCUGCUCAAAUGCAUGUUAAUACGAUUGAUCAGGUGAAGGAUAAGCUCGAGAAAUUGAUGGUUGCUAACAAAGAAUCUGGUAAGAGUAUUGAGAGUUAGGUUCGAACGAGCUCGGGCAUGUUUCUUAACAAAGCUCAGAUACAUGGCAAAGGUAGGAACCAAGAUGAGAGUAUGCUCUACGUGUGGUGGCAGAGGUCAAGUUAUGAGAUCCAAGAUUUGUGAUGAAUUCCCCUCCCAAGAUUUGUGUUGAAUUCCCCUCUUGCUAUAAACUAUAUCAUGAUAACACGGCCACAUACAUAUUGUAAAUUGCGCAACGUGCGACAAUGAGUAACACAAUACAUAUUGUAAAUCGCGCAACGCGCGACAAUGAAUAACCCUAGUUAAUAUAAUUAAGAAGUUGAAAUGAAUAGUCAUUUAAAUAUUAUAAUAAUAUAUAGCUUUUUUUUAAUACUUUUAUUAUUAUAAUAUUAUAAUAUAAUAAUAGUUUUUUUCUUUAUUUUUUAACUAUAAUAUAUUUUUUAAUAUUAGGCGUUGGGAUAAGCUUGGUGUGAACCGGUAUUGAACGGGUAUUUUUUAACUAUAAUAUAUUUUUUUCUUUUUUAGUUUCAGGGGUAGGGAUGGGCUCAGUGUCAACCGAUACAGAAUCGGUACUGAUACCAAAAAUAUCGGUUAAGGUACCGGUAUAUGAAGGUAAAAAACGGUAGUGAACCGGUACACAGAACAAUUUGCUCAUCUCUGACCACAGGUUUCAUGCGAACAACAUCGUUACCAUACAAUUUUUUUGGUUGAUUUUUUUCGGUUAUCUUUUAGUGUUUUUUUCUACAUUUUCUUUUUAUUCUUGUCAGCAAUUCUGUUCGCAACACGCUCGUAGUGAUUUCAAAACACAUCUAAACACAGACUAAAUAAAAAAAGAAAUUCGCCGCAACGCGGCGAACUUCUUUAAACCUAGUUUUAUUAGAAGUAAGGGUAAUUUAGUAAUUUCAUACUAAAUUAACUGAGCAAACUAAUAGAUAUUUACUCAAGGGACUAUCCAAGUAAUAAACGACCAAACCAUAGGAAGUAAGCAUACUAUUUCAAAAAACUGAGGUCUAAAUGUGAAAAAAAGGCAAACCAUAGAGACCAUCCGAGCAAUUAAAUUAACUAUGGAAACAUUAAAGCAGAGUCCCCAACAAAAACAAGCAUAAAGUAACUCUAUUCUGGUGUAUGCUUCUGUUCGUCAAUGUCGCUGGUGGCAGCUGGUUAGUUGGUCGCCAGUUUGCUUAUCAAAUAACCAACCUUAGGUAUUCUCUUUUCCAUACCGAUUACUUUUCAUAAACACCUUGUUCAUUACUGGGUUUGGGUAAUUUUGCUUCGAUAUUUCAAACAAAUGUGUGCCUUGAUAUAGUCACUAACCUAAUUGGCUUGGCUCAGUUCCAUUCCAUUCCAUUUUGUUGUUUGAAAGCUUUGACUUUCUUCUUUCCUUAUCGUAUCUGUUUCGUUGAUUUGUGUGUAGACUAACCAAAUUUUCACAGUAGCAAAUUCUGCAGCUAACAAUAAGGGUAUCCUAAGAUGGAUAGAAUCAGCAAGCUUCCUGUAGGCGUAAUAGAAACCAUCUUAUGUCUGCUACCGAUUCAAGAGGCAGCAAGGACAAGCAUCCUCUCUAAGGAAUGGAGGUACCAUUGGAUCAAAAUCCCUAAACUUGAGUUUAUUGAGGAUCAGUUUCAAGAAUGGACUCGCGGGCCUAAGCCGUCUGCUAUCGAGCUACAUCUUAACAAACCAAGUAAAAGGAAAGAUAUGGCCAAGAGGUGUAGGUUUUUCUACGCGAUAUACCAAGUUCUGCUUAUGCACGAGGGUCCAAUACACGAGUUCACUCUUUCUAUGAAAGUAGAUACCUCGUGUGUUGAGAUUGACCAUAUCAUACUUCAUUUGUCCAAGAAAAAUACUCUCAAGAUAUUAAAACUUGAUUUUGAGGCGGGAGGUGACGAGGGGCAUAGGUUACCCAUUUCUCUCUUCUCGUUACACCAAUUAACAAGUUUGUAUCUCCAUGGUUGUGCUCUUUACCAACAACGUUCAUUCAAUGAAUUUGGUUUCCUUACAACCUUAUAUUUGAGUAGUGUAUGGACGCAUAUGAAAACGCUUCACCGACUUUUAUCCAGCUGUCCCUUACUUAAGAGAUUGACUCUUGGUCAUGGGAUGACAAUUCUCUAUGAUGUUGAAGGUUCCACGAUUGUUGAUCUAUUCGAGUGUGUACCAGUGAUUGAAUGCCUUUAUGUUACGGUAUUCGGCUUGGAGGAUUUUCUUUCAAAGAGACUUCCGAAAAAGCUCCCGACAUCAUUAGUCCACUUGAAAUAUUUGUGUGUGGAUACUCUUUGCUUUACUCACAUAUAUGGGUUACCUUUUCUUACUCUUCUGAUUAGAAGCUCCCCAAAUCUGGAGAAACUGAAACUUAAACUAGUGAUGUGGGAAGAAAUGUACGUUGAAGAUGAUUUGGGCUCUUUUACACUUGAUGAUUAUUCAGAUAUCACGUUCGAGCAUUUGAAAGAAUUUGAGAUUCAAGGUUUCACUGACUCGGAGAAUGAGUUGGAUUUUGUGAGGCUUGUAUUAGCCAAGUCACCUGUACUAAAUAAGAUGAUGGUGUACCCACAUUAUUUUUUUGAUAAAAAUGAUGACUUGAGCUCUUUUACACUUGAUGAUUAUUCAGAACUCCUUUUUCGCUCCCCAUGCGCAUCACCUGUCGUAGAAAUCAUCGUUGGACGACGGUACAAAUCCGAUUAAUCGUGCUCUUGGUGAUCUUGUUCUUUGUUGUUAACUCUAGUGACAUGAUGACAAAAUUUGUUUUGUUUUGACAUGCGGUUUUGAGACGGAUGGUCUUUUGCGUCUUAAAUUUGUUAAAAUGUUAUGCUUUUCGGGUCUUGAAUUUGUGAUUGGGAAUGAGAAUGAGAAUGAGAAUGCAUAAUUUUACUUA